GAGGACUUCCGAAACUUCUUUUAUUUACUUCCGCCUUCUGCUAAACUAAAAUGGCACAGAAUGUCCAGGUUUGUGAUAUUGAUCCUGAAGUUACUUCUAGAUUGAAAAAAUUUCGUUUUAGAAAAGAGAAAAAUAUAGCAGCACUUUUGUUAAAAAUAGAUAAAGAAAAGGGAGUAGUGUUAGAAGAAGAAUAUGAGGAUUGUACAAUAGAUGAACUACAAGCAGAGCUUCCAGAAUGUCAACCUCGCUAUUUAGUUGUCAGUUAUGUAAGACAACACAGUGAUGGUAGAGUGUCUUAUCCUCUAUGUUUUAUAUUCAGUAGUCCAGCAGGAUGUAAACCAGAACAACAAAUGAUGUACUCAGGAUCCUUACAUGCUCUUAUACAACAGACUGGUCUAACUAAAACUUAUGAUAUAAGAAGUACAGAAGAAUUAACAGAAGAAUGGCUUCUGGAUCAGCUUGCUAAAGUUUAGAACAACAUAUAAAAUGAUGCAAUUUUUCUAGUAUUAAUUAUUUUCCCACCAUUCAUUUGCUCAAGUGUCGAAGCAAAUUUUGCAAAUGUUUUACAUUGAUGUCUCUCAAGUUGAACUUCUGUUUACAUGCACUGUGCUAUGUAUCCUUGUCAUGGUCUUGUGAUCUAAUGAUUACACAUGUACUACUUUAAGGAGUAUUUUAAAAUAGAUAUGGCAGCAAUUUUGGGGCUUUCAUUUCUUAAACCAUUUAAUAUAAAAAGACAUUCAUGAACAGUAAGUUUGUAAGCUUCAGUAAUAAGAAAGUUUCUCAUUUAACCAAAAAUAAAUAUUUAAAUAUUAUCAGGAUUAUAAACCAGUAUUACAUGCUUGUAUAUAUAUAUAUAUAGUUGUAUAUUAUGAAGUAGUCCAAAUAAUUAUGACGUCUUGAAAGGCUUUUUUAUUUUUUUGCUUGGAUGCCUUUCUGCAGGAAGGCGUCAAAGCAAAAAAAUUAAACAGCCUUUCAAGACGUCAUAAUUAUUUGGACUAAUUAUGAAGUUGUUUAUUAUAUUCCACAGAAUUUUCAGUCUAUAAUUAGCACAAAGUUUGAUUAUUUGUUAGUUGAAUUAUGAAUUGUUUAUUAGUUAUUGAAAAUACUGCAUUCAUUCUUUGUCUUCAAUGAUUUGAUUGGCUAUCACUAUUAAUUGUAACUUCUUCAACAAUCAUUCUUUGUCUUCCAUGAUUUGAUUGGCUAUCACUAUUAAUUGUAACUUCUUCAACAAUCAUUUUUUGUCUUCCAUGAUUUGAUUGGCCAUCACUAUUAAUUGUAACUUCUUCAACUGCUAGUGAACAUAAUGUGAUUGGCUGUUGAUAAUUAUUGCAAUAGCAUAAAUUACUAGUGAACAAAAGGUAAUACAAAUUUCUAUGUACAAAAUAAAAAGUGGAUUCUUAUUUUAUGAUUGUUGUUUUAAACCAAAUAAAUUUGAAUAUUUGAUUAUUAUACAGAGUAUUGCAAAGGGCCUUUAUUUCUAUUUUGAAAGAAUGCUAUCCUUUCUAUAAAAGCUUUUAAACAGUCUUGCACACAAUGUAAUACCAAACAAGUGCUUUCAUAAUGAGGUUACUUGCCAGUACAUGUAGUUUGAUGCUCUCAAGAAAAGAAAUAAGAUCCUUAAUAUUCCAGUUGCCACACUAUGUUUAAUUUAAGCUAUAUAUUACAUGUAUUUUUUAUUUGUUAAUGCUCAUAAAAUCAGCCAUCAAUUGUUGAUUUUUCUCAAAUGUUAUUAGUUGCUAUAACAUGUUCAUGUUUAGGUGCAUAUGGUUAAGUACAUUCAGCCUUCCUCACCUAAGAACUAUUAUGAGAAACAGUUUUUUAUGUAGCUUACAUGAAUUCAACAACACUUUCUUUGUGUUUAUAAUACAUUUAUUUGUAUAUACAUGUUAUUAAACUGAAAAAUAUCACAACCUUUUUUUGUAUUUUAUAAUACAAAUAAAUAUUAUAUAAACAUUAACAAAGUAAUCAAUGUGUAACAUCUACAAAGGGACCAUAGAAGAUGUGGAGAGAAUGUGGCAGAGGUUUUUCACCUUUAACAAUGACUCUAGUCACAUACAUAAAAUACAUUUAUUUGAUAUAAUUGCAGUAUUUAUUAGAAUUUUUCAAAUGUUUUAUAUCACAAGAGGUUUUCUUAUACUUAUUUAAAUAUUUAAAGAAUAAUCAUUACUUUUUUAAUGUCAUGAUCAUAAUUAUCUGGGAUAUUCUAAAUUGUUAUAUAGUCCAAGUAUGCAGUCAUUCCUGGAAUUUUUUAAAUUUAUUUUUAAUUUUACAUUCCAUUGAAUGGAAAUGUUGUUUAGAGUUCUUGUUUGUUUGUUUAUUUUAUAGAUAUUUUGUUUGAAUUGUUAAAUAAUUUCAGGAUGAGCUAACUUCCAUGAUGUGUAUGCAUGAUAAGAAACUAAUUUGUCUCCCUUGUCAAAACCUAAGAAGUAGUUUAAGGGGAGAUAACUUAAAAUAUGUAAAACUACCAUGGAUUCGAACUUAAAAUAUGUAAAACUACCAUGGAUUCGAAGCCUGGUUAUAAGUGAAUUUUUGUCUUUUUUUUUAAAAGAAAUAUUCUAUGUUUAAAUAUCUUCAAUAUCAUAUGAAAUAAAACAAAAUCAGCAAAAUUUAUUUUGUCAAUAGACUACAACAGAUCUGUUAUAUAGAAUGUGGAUCAGUUUGAUUAAGAAAUUAAAAACAUUUCUGUAUCAGUAUUUAUGAAUGAACAAUUUUUUACAGCACUGAACAUUCUCUAGUGUAUUUGGUGCAAUAUAUGUACAAGUAACUUAAUAUUUAGUGUAUUUUAAGUGACAGUUAUAGGUUAAAUUUCUUUCAAAUUUUGUCAAAAUAAAUUUCCCUUUUCAAGGAAAUAAUAUUAACAAAUUAUUUGUUACAAGAAAUUACUUAAUUAGAAAAUAUAGUAUGGCUAUACUGUUGCUGUAUUUGUAAUUUAAGUUGUAUGUAUUGAUAAGUACAUAUAAAAACACUUUUUUUUUUUAUUUUGGAAAAUAUAACUUGUAAAUAUAUCAACAAAUGUUUUUGUGACUUGUAACUGUCUUUAGAAAAGAACUAGUAGCCAUGUAGUACUAGUACCUUGUUAGAUGUACUUUGUCAUUACUCUUUAUACUAUCUUCAUGACAAGUAUGCUACUUACUCUUUAAAUAAAAUUACAAAUUAA